AUGAGUGGAUAAAUGAAUGUAGUAUUUUUAUUUUAGAAUAACAAGUGUGAAUAUUUUUUAUUAUUUUUAUUAUUAAAUUUCAAAUUUGAAAAAUGGCUGGUAAAAUUCUUUUAGACAUCUACUAAAUUAAUUGGAAGAGAGAGGGUAAAGAAUUUUGGAAAAUUGCAGUCGAUAUAAAAUAAUUUGGAAGGAGAGAAAUAAUAAAAGUUCAAAUUGAUCUUUGGCUAUCUGCAAAGUGUUGAAUUUGGCUAUAAAGGACGUUUAAUAGUAAAAGAAUUAAAAGUUUUCGAAUAUUGCAGAAAAAGUAGAGAUAACUUUAUAAUAAGUUUAGUUAUAGAGAUUGAAAUCAAUGGUUUGGUAGUGAAAAGGAAGCUCGGGAUUUAGUAGAUGAAAAAAUGAGAAAGGAAAUUCUAACGGUGGAAAAGAACUGCAAAGCCCUUUCGAGUAGUUUUAGUAAAGAAAGAUUGGAAACAGAGAACAGAGGGUUUAAAAAUCUAUCUCAAUAAGCUGAUUAAUUAUCUGUUUGAAAGAAUUUUAAUAAAAAUCAGACAUCUAAAAUCAAUUAUUAGAGAUAUAAACCGGUUAUGUUUUUAUAACUAAUUCAAAGAAUAAAUUCCAUUAUUUUAUUAAGAUAUAGAAUAAGAAAUUAGAAUAAGGGAAGAAAUUGAGGAAAAAAUUGCAUAAUAAAUUUUAUGACUAAUUAGAUGAACUCAUAAGAAUAUUCGAUGGUAAUAAAAAUAAAGGGACUAAAUAGAGUAAUAGGAAUUCUCAAAAAAUAAUAUACUAAAGUGCUUAUGAUGCUUGUAUAAGAAGUAGAAAUGAAAGAGAAAGAAACGAAGAUUUAUUUGUUAAAUUAGUUGAAUAAGUAGUUGAAAAGAUUAAAAGAGAGAUCAUUGAUUCUGAUUUUUGA